CUGAACAUCCCGGGCAAGAGCCGCGUCGCGUUGGUCGGGCCUUCGGGCAGCGGCAAAACGACGUUGCUGCGUUUGCUUUGCCGGCUGCACGAGCCCGCAGAAGACUCAAUCUUCGUCUGCGGGCAGGACGUUACCGGCGUGAACUGCCCCUCGCUGCGCGCCGCCGUCACCUAUGUACCGCAGUCGACUGUGCUGCUCAACGGCACUGUGCGCCGCAAUCUGCUGCUCGGCGUGACGCGGAGUGUAUCCGACGACGAGAUUUGGGAGAAAGCGGCCGAGCUUGGGCUUGACAAGUUGUUGCGCGACUUGGGUGGGCUCGAGAAGUCAGUUGGAGAGCGUGGCGAGCGCGUGUCGGGCGGGCAGAAGCACGCGGUCGCGCUGCUGCGCGCAGCGCUGCGGAACACGCCGUUGCUGCUGCUUGACGAGUGCACAGCCGCACUGGACACGAAGAACGAAGAGGUUAUUUCGCGCGCUCUCAAGCGGCUGGCGCGCGGGCGCACCACGCUGGUGGUAACCCACCGGCUUUCGAGUCUGCGCGACUUCGACUACAUUUACGUGAUGAAUGAGGGUUGCGUGGUUGAGGAAGGUGACUUCCGCACGCUGGCGGCUUCGGCGGCGGCUUCGGCGGCCCGCAGUUCUUCCAGCAGCGCCAGUUCCCCCGCGACCAAACCGGCGAGCGCUUUACGCGACUCGAAGUGUUCUCGCAAAGCGACUUUUGAGCAGCUCUACGAGCGAAGCGGCCGCCGAGCCAGAUUCCGCGUCCGCGGCAACACCGCUGCCCGCGCUACAGCGAUCCAGCAAUAG